AUGGGCAUCCUGGAGCCGGGCUGCAGAGACAUGCUGACGGGCACGGAGCCGAUGCCGGCGAGCGACGAGGGCCGGGCGCCCGGCGCCGACCCGCAGAACCGCUACUUCUACCCGGAGCCGGGCGCGCAGGACGCGGCCGAGCGUCGCGGGGGCGCCAGCCUGGGGGCGCCCUACGCCGGGGGCGCCCUGGUGUCCGCCCCGCCCGGCCGCUUCCUCGGAACCUACGCCUACCCGCCCCGGCCCCAGGCCGCCGGCUUCCCCGGGCCCGGCGAGCCCUUCCCGCCGACGCCGGGCGCCGAGGGCUACCCGCCCGGGGACGGCUACGCGGCCCCGGACCCGCGCGCCGGGCUCUACCCCGGGCCCCGCGAGGACUACGCGCAGCCGGCCGGGCUGGAGGUGUCGGGGAAGCUGAGAGUCGCGCUCAACAACCACCUGUUGUGGUCCAAGUUCAACCAGCACCAGACGGAGAUGAUCAUCACCAAGCAGGGCCGGCGGAUGUUUCCAUUCCUGUCCUUCACUGUGGCUGGGCUGGAGCCCACCAGUCAUUACCGGAUGUUCGUGGACGUGGUCUUGGUGGACCAGCACCAUUGGCGGUAUCAGAGCGGCAAGUGGGUGCAGUGCGGAAAGGCCGAGGGCAGCAUGCCAGGAAACCGCCUGUACGUCCACCCAGAUUCCCCCAACACGGGAGCCCACUGGAUGCGCCAGGAAGUUUCAUUCGGGAAACUGAAGCUCACGAACAACAAAGGGGCCUCCAACAAUGCCACUCAGAUGAUUGUGCUCCAGUCCCUCCAUAAGUACCAGCCCCGGCUGCACAUCGUCGAGGUGAAGGAAGGAGAGACGGAGGCGGCCUGCGGUGCUUCCAACACGCAUGUCUUCACUUUCCAAGAAACCCAGUUCAUCGCCGUGACGGCCUACCAGAACGCCGAGAUUACUCAGCUGAAAAUUGAUAACAAUCCUUUCGCCAAAGGGUUCCGGGAGAACUUUGAGUCCAUGUAUGCAUCUGUUGACACCAGUGUCCCCUCCCCGCCUGGACCCAACUGCCAGUUGCUUGGGGGAGACCACUACUCUUCGCUCCUACCCAACCAGUACCCCGUUCCCAGCCGUUUCUACCCCGACCUCCCCGGCCAGGCCAAGGAUAUGGUCCCCCAGUCUUACUGGUUGGGGGCCCCCCGGGACCACAGCUACGAGGCCGAGUUUCGAGCCGUCAGCAUGAAGCCUGCGUUCCUGCCCUCGGCCCCUGGGCCCGCCAUGUCCUACUACAGAGGCCAGGAGGUCCUGGCACCCGGAGCUGGCUGGCCCGUGGCCCCCCAGUACCCUCCCAAGAUGGGCCCGGCCAGCUGGUUCCGCCCCAUGCGGACUCUGCCCGUGGAACCGGGUCCUGGUGCUUCAGAGGCGCGGGCGCUGGAGGACCAGGGCUCCCCCUCGCUGUGGACGGACAUCGCCCCCAUCCGGCCAGAGUCCGGGGAUUCGGGACUGGGCGAAGGAGACUCUAAAAGGAGACGUGUGUCCCCCUAUCCUUCCAGUGGCGACAGCUCCUCCCCUGCCGGGGCCCCUUCUCCUUUUGACAAGGAAACCGAAGGCCCGUUUUAUAGCUAUUUUCCCAAUUGA